AUUUUCACAGGUAAAUGUCAAACAGAUGGAUAGGAGCGAAUAAUCUUUGUGUCAAACUGUACAUUCACCUGGGAAAAUGUAGGCCCUAGUCUGUUGUAAUCCCACAAGAGAUCAACCAAGUUUUUUUUACAGGGACGAGCAAAAAGAACAUGACGUUUUAAUAGAUGGGUUAGCUGGAAAUGUCACGAAAACAAGGUGUACGUUUCUAUGGGGGGCAGAAGUCAGUGUGUUGUUUUGAUUCUGGAUGGCCAGAUUGCUAGCCAGAAUGACAAGUGCCAUGUGGGGAAUCGCAUUACAAGAGUUUCACAAGUGAGAUCGUCACAGCUUCCACCAUGGCUCGCGGCUGCCUCUGCUGUGUCAAAUACAUGCUGUUCCUCUUCAACCUGCUCUUCUGGUUGGGUGGCUGUGGUUUGUUGGGUGUGGGGGUGUGGUUGUCUGUGUCCCAGGGCAGCUUUGCCACCCUAUCACCAUCCUUCCCCUCCAUCUCUGCUGCCAACCUCAUCAUCACCCUGGGUGCUGUCAUCAUGGUUACAGGCUUCCUGGGUUGCCUGGGUGCCAUCAAGGAGAACAAGUGUCUGCUGCUGAGUUUUUUCAUCACGUUGUUGGCUAUUCUGUUGGCGGAGCUGAUCCUACUCAUCCUGUUCUUCGUAUACACAGACAAUGUGAGUGAGAAUGCCAGACAGGACCUGAAAGAGGGACUUACUCUGUACAGCACCAACAACAACGCUGGCCUCCGCAACGCCUGGAACACCAUACAGACAGAGUGGCAUUGUUGUGGGGUGAAUGGGUACACAGACUGGCACACUGCCCUGCAGGAGAAGGUGGUUCCUGACCACUGCUGCCAGGAUAUCUACCAGGACUGUGGGCGCAAUGCCACCAACCAGUUCUGGACACAGGGUUGCUAUGAGAAGGUGGAGGAGUGGCUGGAUGACAAUAAACACCUGCUGGGAACCAUCGCCAUGUGUGUUCUGGUCAUACAGCUCCUGGGUAUGGCCUUCUCCAUGACUUUGUACCAGCAGAUCCACCGAUCCGGGAAGAAGUACGAAGCUUAGAACACACACACACAGAGUUUGAGACCCAUUACUUGUAUACAAAAUUAUACUCUAAAAAGACACACACACAUGCCACAAAACAGCUUUUUAUUUAGUGUUUUAUAUUUACACACCCUUGUAUCAUUUUGUGCACAAAGGCAAUAUUGUCUUUUAAUGAUCAUCUUUAUCAUUAUAAUCAGUGUUCUUGGCAGGAUUCAAUCCGACCGCGGUUUGUCAACAAUGCACCGUAAAUGGAUUAUUCCACAAAUAGUGCCAACAAUCAGCAUUUUGACAUUGUCCCUCGUUAUGUUUUUCCGACUUCUGGGAAGAUUUCAACCAACUUCACCCCAAAAUUCCUCCAUGUUUUCAACAUCAUUGAAAUUCUACUGUAAAAAGUUAUGUUAGUUAUGUUGUUGCUUUGACAGUCUUUUCUGAAGGUUAUUUAUUUAUGCGAUUUCAUUUGUCUGUCCCUCAUUUUAAGGCCAACCCUGUUACGUAAACCUAACUAUUUAUAUAUAUAUAUGGUGAAACUAUUCCUUUUUUAAGAAGUUUUUUUUCCAAAACAAACUCAAAUCAGUGUAAAAGCAGGUGAGCUGGUUCUACUCUUUUUGGCCUUUUUCUGGUGUUUUGUGGUUAAACUGAGCGUGUUGAUUAUAACGCGUCAUCCCUGUUACCCAUAGAUUGGAUUUGUUAAAACAUUUCUAGCCAAAAGUUUUGUGAAGCUUGCAUUCAUUUGCCCCUCCCUGUUGCACACAACAAGUGUCCAUUCAUUCCCCCUGUCACAAGUGGAUUUAUGGCUGAUUUCAGACGAAAACCUCAACCCUGAUACGGUCAACCCUGUUACUUUAAAGACACGUAGUCAUUUUUUUAUUUAACUGCUUAUGUGAAAUUAAUAGUUUGUUUUGACCAAUUUACACUGCCCCAAAAUGUUAUUUUGUUAUCAAAUGCUACAUAUAGUUCAAUCAGAAAUUCCAUUUAAAAGCUGAAUUGUCGACAACCCGCAGUCGGAUUGAAUCCUGGCCCUAGUUCAGUUAUGGGGGGACUAAGGGUGGGUGAGGAAGGGGGGUUGGAUUGUGUGUAUGGGAAUAGGGACACCCCUCAGUCAUCCAGAAUAGCUUGAACACAAAAUAGAGUAAUGGGAAAGAGAGGUUCGAUUUCAUGCCUUAGAAAUCCUUAAACGGAUUACAUUUAUAUUGUAUGGAUUUAUUCUUGUAAAACCAGUGUUACUGAGAUGUGUUCAAUAAAAGUUACGCUUAUUCUGUCAAAA